AUUCAUGGCUUGCACAUAAUAUUUAACACACCCACCAAGAAGUCGAGCUGCAGCAGUACUAGCCCAACCAGUCUCCAGCAUGCAGUGUAGCUGAAAGGGGGUAUUCACACUGCACCUGCCCAAAGCUCUCUUUUCUCUCCUCUCUGAGGUUCGCCUUCUUUUUCUCGCUUCGCCCUUUCCCCUUCUCCCCACCCCCUCUUCUCUCAGGGCAGAAAUGUAAGUCGGAGCCGAGAUCCAAGGAGAGACAUCAUCUCCCCCCCUCCCCACCCUUUUCCCCUCCCCACCCCUCGGCAGAGCAGCUACCGAUUCCUGGGAGCGUCGCCUCCCCUCCCUUCCCAGCGUCCCCCCCCCCCUCCCCAGCUCCGUGCGUCCUUUGUGCCAGCUCUCCUUUUCGCCUUGGCGGCCGUGUCAACGCUGAACCCUCCAAGUGCCUGGAUAUCGAGCUUCAGCGUCGCGGGUUCGAGCCCAACCAGCCGGGACUCUGGCUUCCCUGGGGCGCUGGAGGUGGUGGUGGUGGAUGGAAGGAUUUGGAAAUCUUAUAAGCGCAGCAUUUGAAAGCCAAUGUUUGUAACCGGGCUGCGGACGAGAGCGCGUCGCGUUGCUGCUCCUCCUGCUGCAUCGCGGGUCCCUUUCCAGAGGAUGGGAAGACGCGUCUUCUCUAAGCACUAUGGAUGAUUCUUUUUUCCUCUACUGACUUCUUCACGGGGUGCUGCAUGUGUGUGUUUGUGCGUGGUUUUUAUUUUUAAUUCCCCCAUCCCCUUUUUUUUUCUCCCUUUAGCCGUCCUCCAUCUCUCCACCCCUUUGGGAGAGGAGGAAAACCUUCCUGAGAUUCAUGUAUUAAGCAGAGUAACGAUAAUAAUAAUACUAAUAAAAGAACAGUUUCUAGAUGGCUCGCUUUUGUGAAUUUUUUUGCAAACAGCUUUUUUCUAAAAACCAAAAAGGGAGGUAGUGAAGACCCCUGGCUUCUAAGUGUAUUUAUUUUUUAACUGUCUUAUGAAGAUAACUUUAUUGACUUGGAUUGUUUGAUUUGUCCAUGAGUAGAAUAGCUUUAUUUUUUUAAAAAGCAGCUUUUUCUGUGAAAAAGCCUCCUCCACCCACCAUUCCCAACCCCUCCUCCCCCAACCCCUCCAUACACACUUUUAGCUAUUUAAAACUCUUAAUUUAUUAGUCUCCUCCUCGUGGCAACCCCCGGUUUCUUUAAGUCUCUUUGGCCAUGAAAAUGAUCUUGGUCCGCAAAUUCCGGGUGCUCAUCCUCAUGGUGUUUCUGAUUGCCUGCACCAUGCACAUCGUGAUCGAUCUGUUACCAAAGUUGGAGAAGCGCGCGGCGAGGAGCGACGGGGACCCCGGCUGCUCCUGCUCUCACCCCCCGGGCGAGGAGGCGCAAGGCUGGGGGAAGCAAAGGACUAAGAGCGGGGCUGAUUCGGGCUGGCCUAACAAACACACCCUGCGGAUCCUGCAGGACUUCAGCAGCGACCCGAGCUCCAACCUCACCUCCCACUCACUGGAAAAGCUCCCCGGGACUGGAGCCGGCGCCGGGGCCGGGACAGCUGCAGCGGCGGACAGGUCCGAGGCAGCGGCGGCGGCGGCGGCGGCGUUUAAGAGGCUGGAAUCCGGCGGUGGCGGAGGCGGCGUGCAGCGAGAUCUCCCCCACAAACACCUCAUUCAAGAUGGGAGUAGGGCGAGCAAAGUGCCGCUGGGAAAGGACGGCUCCAAGCUGGUAGCUCUGUUCCAACACCCCCUCUACAAUAUCGCCAUCCCGCCUCUCACGGAGGACGAUGUCUUGUUCAACGUGGAGAGCGAUAUCCGAUUUAACCCCAAAGCGGCUGAACACCAGGACUGGCAAAAUGAAGGUAACGAAGAUGAAGAAUUUUUACCCACUGGGGAAACAUCUGUCGACACCUAUCCCAACUGGCUAAAAUUUCACAUUGGCAUUAAUCGAUAUGAGUUAUAUUCCAAACACAACCCUGCAAUUGGAGCGUUGCUGCAAGAUCUGGUCUCCCAAAAGAUCACCAGCGUUGCAAUGAAGUCUGGGGGAACUCAACUAAAACUCAUCAUGACAUUCCAGAAUUAUGGGCAAGCACUGUUCAAACCCAUGAAGCAAACCAGGGAACAGGAGACACCUCCUGACUUUUUUUAUUUCUCUGACUAUGAAAGACAUAAUGCUGAGAUUGCUGCCUUUCAUCUGGACAGAAUCCUAGAUUUCCGCCGCGUGCCACCAGUUGCAGGCCGGAUGGUCAAUAUGACCAAAGAGAUAAGGGAUGUCACACGAGACAAGAAGCUGUGGAGAACAUUCUUCAUCUCUCCAGCCAACAACAUCUGUUUCUACGGGGAGUGUUCAUAUUACUGCUCCACGGAACAUGCUCUGUGUGGGAAGCCCGAUCAAAUAGAAGGGUCUCUCGCAGCCUUCCUGCCCGAUCUGUCCCUGGCAAAGAGGAAAACGUGGCGAAAUCCAUGGAGACGUUCGUACCACAAGCGCAAAAAAGCAGAAUGGGAAGUGGACCCUGAUUACUGUGAAGAGGUGAAGCAGACACCACCAUACAAUAGCAACCGCAUUUUGGAUAUAAUGGAUAUGACCAUUUUUGAUUUCCUAAUGGGAAACAUGGAUCGACAUCACUAUGAGACCUUUGAAAAGUUUGGCAAUGAAACAUUUAUUAUUCACUUAGACAAUGGAAGAGGGUUUGGAAAAUACUCCCAUGAUGAGCUCUCCAUUUUGGUGCCUUUAAAUCAAUGCUGCAGAAUCCGUAAGUCCACCUACCUGCGGCUACAACUGCUUGCCAAGGAAGAAUACAAGCUGAGUGACUUGAUGGAAGAAUCUUUGCUGAAAGACAAAAUCGCUCCCAUUCUCUACCGAUUACAUUUAGAGGCUCUGGACAGACGACUGAGGAUUGUUCUCCAGGCCGUUAGGGACUGUAUAGAAAAAGAUGGUUAUAACAGUGUGGUUGAAAAUGACUUUGACACUGCCAACACGAUCGCUACCAAGAGGUAGUAAAAUUAAAGCAACGUUCCUGUUUUUAAGAGUGAAGUGAGGAAAAGAAGAAAAAAGUCUUGCAAGAGACUGUGUGUAAGCCACUUUGUGAAUUCAGUGAAUUCAGAAUUGAGAUACAAUUGUUCCCAAAGUAGGUAAAGACACGUGGAGAAGGAUUAGAUAAUUAUGAAAUAAGUCUAAUGCAAUGCUUAUAAUUAGUUCCCCGAAACAAUAUGAAAGAGUUGGAAAAAUAUUAUGAUCAUUGAGAGAUGAAAUGGAUCGGUGGCAAUUACAUUCUGUCCUUUUUUUUUUUAUAGAAAGGAGGUCUUUGAUAUUUUGUAUUUGUAUAGGGUAUCUAUAUAUGUGUGUAUACAUAUGUAUGUAUACAUGUACAUAUGUAUAUAAUAUACACACAUAUAUAUGUAAACCACAGAUCUACCUACCAAAUUUCACAAAGGAGAGGCAGCAUCAUCUGAUGUCUUACCAUUUCCUCCAGGUGACAUCUACUUGGUCGACUGUGUUAACCCAUCACGUGCUGUCCUGUGCUAGACCUGAUCCAAAGCUAAAGCUUUGGGGUGGGUGUGGGGGUUGGGCCUCAGCGCUUAAAGAGUUGAGAGGAAAACUCUGAAAGCUCAGUGGUUAAUCCAAAUGGAAUUUCAAUAAUUGUUCAUUUUCAGAAAAUACUUGAAUGUUGGUUUUUACAAAGUGACGUAAAAUGACGAGUCGUUCUAUUUAUCCAUCAUUAAGUAGCAAUCCUGAACUUUCUAGACAGGCAAAGGGAAGCCGCUACUGUUCUGACUUUGCUUUUGAUAGUUUGGUGUAAAUAUAUACAUAUAUGAGUAAAUCUGCAGUCUGCAGCCGUAGGCUUACUUUUGCAGCAUUUUUUUUUUUUGUGGAAUUGUUUGCAACGUGGUACAAGUACAAUAAAAAUAUGGCAGAUGUGUAGCUGGACUUUUUCUGUGGGUUCCUUGUCUAUCACAGAAUGGGGGAACCAUAGAACUUUUUACUUGGAGGGGACCUCAGAUAAUCCUCCUUGCUUGAAGUAUGAAUUCCCUCUUCAGCAUCCCCAGCAACAACAAUAACAAAAACAAAAUAGCUAUAACAGUUUACGGUUUGCAAAGUACUUUAUGAAUAUCUCAUUUGGUCCUCACAACACUUCUGGGGGUAUCCCAAUUUUACAGACGGUGAAACCGAGGUAGGCAACAGUGCCGUGACUUGCUCAGGGUAACACAGCUAUUAAGCAUAUUAGGGGGCAGAGCCAAGAUGGCAGGGGAAAGGCAGUGACUUGCCUGAGUUCUCCCCAAGACCCCUCCAAAUACCUUUAAAUAAUGCCAUAAGACAAUUCCUGGAGCAGCAGAACCCACAAAAAGACAGGGUGAAAUAAUUUUGCAGCCAAAGACAACUUAGAAGCUGGGCAGGAAAGCUCUGUUUUACCAGUAUAAAAAUGGAGUGAAAUCCAGCACAGGCCUCACCAACACAGCCCCAGCCCAGCAAACCAAGAGCAGGCCUUGGGAGCCUCUGAAUCAGCACCAGCAACAGAUGAUAAGGGGACUGAACAAUUGGCCAGAAGGAGAUUACAGGGAUCUCUUUGCUAGCAUUGAGGCAGAGCCCUGUUAUUUUGCCCAUACCCCCAUCUAGAUCCCAGUCUUGGGUGGCAGUCCCAGGCCAAGGAGGAACACAAGCACAGUGGAGCUUGUGACCACAGUACAGUGGAACUCUGUUCAUAGUUCCAAGGCAAAAAAGCAGGCCUGUGGUUGCUUUGUAGACCAGAGCACAGGCCAGGAAAGUAGUAAACAUACCUCUUCCUAAAUCAUACUACCUUCAAAGAACUAAAAAUGUACAAAUCCCUAGAAGUAUCUGAAAACAGUUGCACAAAUCCCCUGAAUCUUAGGACAGUGUGCCCUCUACCCUGGAAGCAGUGCCCUACUUUAAAAGAGUUAAAAGUCAAGAAAUAGUCUGGGAAAAUGAGCAAACAGAAAAAAAAAAUCUGACCAUAGAAAGUUUCUAUGGUGACAAGGAAGAGUUUGAGGCUGGGCUGGAACUCAGUUCUUUCUAACUACAGAUGCAGGGUUCGUUCUAUCUAUUGCAAACCUUAACUGCCUAAUUUGGACAAGUGGUCAUUUACCUUGAGUUGGAAUACCUCUAGAGAUGACGAUUCAGCUAUGAUUAUUCAGAAUGGUUUCCUUUAUAUUAAGCCCAUAUCUUGCCUACAAUCCAGUUCACUGAACUUUGAAAUAAAAAGGCCUGACCUGUUUUCUUAACAGCCCAUCAAAUACUUGAAAAUAUUAAAUUAUAAACCCCUAAGACUUUAAAGAAUUAGCUUCAGUUUAUGUGAUUAUGGAUUUAGAGCUGGUAAUGAUCUGAACAGUUAUUGAAGGUAUCCUUGAUUAAAAUAUGAAAAGGGGACAAGCAGAUGGUCUGGUGUACCACAAUGAUAGAAUGGUGGAAUAUAAGCUCCCCAAGAGUAGGAAUUGUUCGAUUAUUUUUAUUGGCCUCCCAGUGCCUAGCAUAUGCUGCUCAGAUGGGUGGCACCUAAGUCUGGCACUAAUAUGGUGAACCUUUUUGGGCAGGGGAAUUGUUGCCGGGCUGCCUAAGGAGGGACAAACUACCCCAGGUCAGAAAUGGAGCAUAUCAAGAAUUGUCUGAAUUGUUGCCCUGGCAAUGGGAUUGGGCCUAUGAAUAACCACUGUACUUCCAACCUGGAAAAAAGUGGGAGACCUAAUCUUAAAAAAAUUCUUUAAAUAAAUAUACACCAGCAUAA